AUGGAGAUCACUGUUAUUGUUGCAGCAAACAGGGCCACAAAUCCAACUAUUGUCCCAAUUGUCAGCAAGUUAACUUGGCUUAAGCAAAUGAGGAUGACAAUGAAGAUCACGGUGCUGAUGAAGAGUAUGAAAAAGCUGAAUUCACCAAUGAGGAAAGCAACAAAUAGCUGCGAGAAUCUCAUAUCUAAAAAGGUCGUGGAUUAUUUAAAGUUGCCAAUAGAGAAGCAUGAAUCACCUUAUUCCUUGAGAUGGGUGAAGAUAGGCCCUUUAGUUCAGAGAUCUCAUAAAAUUGCUAUGGCUCCUGUGAACGACUCUAGCAAACCUAAGAAAUCAUCAACGAAUUCCAGUUUCCUCUCCAUAAUUAGAAAUGAACGUGAUUGUUUAGAAGCCGUUGAAGAUGCAAAAACAAUUUAUCCCGUGGGGUUCAAGGAGUUAAUUGUUGAUGACCUACCCAACCAACUACCUCCCAUGAGGGAUAUCCAACAUCAGAUUGAUUUGGUGCCUAGAGCAAGUCUCCCUAAUGCAUGUGUCCCAAGGAGAAUGACAUUCUACGAGAGAAGAUAG